GGCUUGCUCUUGUACAAUUGUUUCCUGCUCUCUAUCUGGUUGACGGCACCCCUCGCCGCCCCACCGGAAGCUAGAAUACUACCCCUGCAGCAACUCCCUUUCACGGACGCGAACGCUUACCCCCUGUAUGAACUCUCAUACGCGCUACAGGCUCUAUCCGUAAUCUUCGUCGGCUUAAUCAACGUGCAUAUGGAUUGCUUCUUCACGGUGACUAUGAUCUACACUGCCGCACUGCUCAGAAGUUUGGCCUCGCGUCUUACCGACCUGCAGGCGCAUGACACUCUCCCAAGAGCAAAUGGCUACGGGCGGGGGCAGAAGACUGCGACAGCGGACGAGAUGUACGGCGAAUUAUGCUUUUGUAUCAGGACUCACCAGGAAAUCACAAGAUUUGUCCAGCACCUGGAAAGCGUCAUGAACCCCAUUGCAAUGAUGCAGUUGGCUCUUGGUGUGUUCGACGGCUGUAUGUUGAUUUUCCCAGCGGCAUACAGUUCAGAAAGUGGCGCGUUGGUAAAGUGUCUGGGUUCCGGUCCUACAGUCGCUAUGCAGCUCCUACUCUACUGCCUGGGCGCACACAGCGUUCGGGAGCAGGGAGAAUCUGUGUCCCUAGCGGCGUACAACUGUGGGUGGCCAGACGCCGGCGCCCGCUUCGGGAGGGCAGUGCAGCUGGUCAUCAACCGCGCGCAGCAGCCGUUGGCGCUCACCGCUGGUGGGGUCUACCCCAUCCAGAGGGCCACCUUCCUGUCACUGCUGAACGCAGGGUACUCCUACUACGCAGUGCUGCAGAACUUCAACGGUCGUUGACUCGCAGCAACGGUAUGGCCAUGCAUUACGGAAGACGGGUCACUG